AAUAGAGAGAUUGUUAAUAGCAGCCGACAAAAUUAAGAAUGAGGCACAUUCUAUUUCGUGUUCCUCCUCCAACCAACACCUCCCACCUCCCUCUGGCCCCCUUACCCCCAAACUACAAUCCUCUACAUAUACAUAGCUGUAUCUAACUCUUAGUAUUGCUUCAAGAAAAUUUCAUUCACCUUGUAAAUUUCCAAUUUUGGAAGUUGGGUACUUGGAAUCUUGAAGUUCUUUUUUGUUUGUUUGAAUUGGGGUUAGCUCCAUGUGGGAUUCUUGAAUUUUGAUUUGAUGAAUUUCCUUCCAAGAUGUUUGAGUUACAGUGAAUGUAGUGGUGGAGCUGGAAGAAGUGAAAUUAGGGGUGGUGAAAGUUCCAAUGGUGGAUUUGGGAAAGAUGGGUUGUUGUGGUUUCAUGAUAUUGGGAAUUGUGGGAGUGGGGAAUAUUCCAUGGCAAUUGUGCAAGCUAAUCAGGUUUUAGAGGAUCAGAGCCAGAUUGAGUCUGGUCCAUUUGGAACUUUUGUUGGAGUCUAUGAUGGUCAUGGUGGACCUGAAACUGCUCGUUAUGUUUGUGAUCACUUAUUUCGACAUUUCCAAGCAAUAUCAGCUGAAGGAAAUGGUGUAGUCACAGAGGAGACAAUUCAAAGGGCCUUUCUUGAGACAGAGAGAGGAUUUACUUCUGUUGUUUCGGAAAAUUGGCAUUCUCGACCACAGCUAGCGACAGUGGGGGCAUGCUGCCUGGUUGGAGCUAUUUAUCAGCAGACGCUCUUUGUAGCAAAUCUUGGUGACUCUCGAGUAGUCCUUGGAAAGAAGGUUGGAAACACUGGGGAAAUUGCUGCCAUACAGCUAUCAACGGAGCACAAUGCCAAUAUUGAGUCUGUUAGGUGGGAGCUAAAAGACUUGCAUCCAAAUGAUCCUCAAAUUGUUGUUCUUAGACAUGGUGUUUGGAGGGUAAAAGGAAUAAUUCAGGUCUCAAGAUCCAUUGGUGAUGUUUAUCUUAAACACACAAGGUUUUGCAGGGAACCAAUAAAUGGAAAAUUCAGAGUUCCUCCACCCCUUAAUAUGCCUAUCCUGUUGGCCACUCCAACAAUUUUAAAACAUCCUCUACAUCCAAAUGACUCCUUCCUCAUAUUUGCUUCUGAUGGUCUAUGGGAGCACUUGAGCAAUGAAAAAGCCGUUGAAAUUGUGAAGAGUCACCCUCGUAAAGGAAGUGCAAAGAGGCUUGUCAAGGCUGCUCUCCAUGUAGCUGCCAAAAAAAGAGAGAUGCGUUAUUCUGAUCUUCGAAACAUUGACAAAAAGAGAAUAUGGUUUCAAUUCUUUGAAAUGGCGAUGGAGGCUAGGCAUCCGCCGUUGGUUUCAAGAACUUGGAGAUGGGGGUCAUUUUCUUAUCUUGCAAGGAAGUUUCCUGCCAAAAGCACCAUUUGGAGGUUGGUAGGCAAGGGCAGAUCCAGGAAGUGCCUUGAGUUUAACUAGCUGGAGGAGCAAUGGCCAACUGCACCUGACUCUCUUGAAGCAGUAGGUUAGGUUCACUUCUCUUAAUAAUAAACUGAUUCUAAUAG